AUGUUCCCAGUCCAUAAAAAGGUCAACAGACGGGAUGUUAAUAAUUAUCGUGGCAUCAGUUCGCUUUGCGCUUUGGCGAAACUGCUUGAGCUCGUUAUCAUCGAACCGCUAGUCACUCUCAGCAAGCCGUACAUUAGAACUGACCAACACGGAUUCAUCACGAGCCGCUCUACUACCACAAAUUUACUGUGCCUCACCUCUUACAUUACCGACAGUAUGUUAAAGCCCUCUCAAACGGACGCCAUCUAUACUGAUUUGACUGCAGCCUUUGCUACAUUGAACCACCGUAUAGCUGUCGCCAAACUGGACAAGCUUGGGAUUAACGGCAAUCUCAAUGGUUCCUGUCAUACCUCACCGGUCGCCGACUAG